UGUUUAUCAUCUGACAACAGCUGGGGGCACAGCCAGGUCUCUGCUGCUGGCAUUUUAUGGGUCAAAAGUUGAAUAUUUCGAGAACCACUGCCCUAACCAACAGGGCAUGUAUCAUACCAUUUUUGGAUCCUAUUCAAAUAAAGUAUGCAUCUCAAAAGGUUAUUAAAUCAGGAAAUAAUAGUGUUUAUUAAGAAAUAUGUCGUUUCAACACUUGUUCUUCUGCAUAAAUCACACAAAUCUCAUGUGAUUCACAACAAUCCAGUUCCUCAUAAAUCUGCAGACCUGAGAUGGUUUUCUUUUUCUUUUUGGUUUGUCAACCUCAGCACGCCACAGCUGCAGGAAACGAGAGUGUCUGGUUCAGAAAUGGCAUCAUUUCAGAUGAGGGGAAGUAGUGACUGAAACAGUGCCACAGCCAGGCUUUGAAGCUGUUUUCCUCACAGAUGUUUGAGGUUUUUUCAGAUGAACCUCACACAGAUGCAGGAGGUAGAUGUCAUAGACUCUGCUUGAAAAAGUGUGAAUAAAACCGCUGUCAGGCGCUAUACAGAACCCAAAACAUCAUGUUUUACAACUCUUUUAAUAUUUGUUCAGUCAAACAUAUAAUUUUAAAAGCUCGUAUCAGUUUCAGGAACAGCUCAUCAGAUCUACAUGAAAAAUUAAUUUCCUUGUCAUUUUGCGUAAAAUGAAAAAAAGGUCACACAUCAGAAUGUUGUCUUUGUUCCUCUCUACUUCCCAUAAUUCAAAACCUUGUCAAAUAAAUCAACCGAAGCUCUGCAGCUGUCAGCCAGAGUCUAAACUGAAACUAAAAGUCAGAAUAAAACCAGAACGCUCAGCUUCUUUGUCUCCUGGUUCAAGAGUUUGUAAGACUUGACUUGGAUUUCACACAGCGACUGUUUGAGACUUAUUUUUUAGUCUGCAUUGUUUUCUGUCCAGCUCUCAUUAAGUUUGUGGUCAGGGAGCGACAGACACAGGUUGGUAUGAUUGCCAUGGAAACAGCAGCUUUAUCACAUUUUUGGAUCUGGGUCUGGUCUACUGAAUCCAGUUGGACAAGUUUACUGUCGGGUGUCGGGAGGAGGAGCAGCUGAUUAACAAAACUCGGUCAUGUUAUCAUUUCAGAAACAGCUCUACCUCAGGCAGUGGAUGAUGGUGUUGAUGAUCUGAAAGAGUGGUCUUCCAGAACAAGGGCCCCUCUUCAGUUCUGACUCAGACAUGGACUCUCAGGGGUUUACGUGGGUGAGUUGGCGGGUGUGGUUGUGUCGUCCGUUGGUCGUCCCCCUGUUGCUUUUUCACUGGUGGCCUCGAUGGGGGGUCCUCUUCCGCUGCCGCUCCUGCCCUCUGCCUUUGGCAGAGGUUCUGCUGAUCACACAGGCGUCAAAAUACGCAGAGAAUCAGGAGAGGAAGACUGUGUGAGCUCAGUGGAGCUGGUCCCGGGCGACUGUUUAAUUAUCCCUCAGGAGGGUCUGCUGCUGCCCUGUGACGCCGCCCUGCUGGC